GCGCUGGUGCUAGCGGCUCGAGACAAGGGCGACGUGACCGCGCGAGGUUCGACGGACAUCAGGGAUGUGGAUAUCCUUGGGGAAUCAGCGAUGGUGGCGAGUAUCUUCGAGAUCUUCAAGAUGAACAGCGUGGGCAGCCUACUUCGCGGCCGCGGACAGCGGCAACUCAAAGGUCUCGGCGAGGUUGCGCAUGGAGUGAUAGUGGCGUGGCGCGGUCGACCUCGAGGUAAUUACUAUAGCAGCGACAUCGAUCCGACUCUGCCGAUCAACGUGGCCAAAUUGGUGGGCGCAGACUUGGGUGAUCAAGAUUUCAUGCUGCUGGUAUUGGAGCGCGGGGGCUCGGUGGCCAGCCCGGGCACCUGCCUCCCGGCAGAUUUGAGCGACGCCCCGUUCAUUCAAGAUCAGUAUGACCUGCCCAGCGCGCAUUGCCUCUCGCGCCAG